AUGGGGAGGCAGGCGGAGGACAGCGGUGGCCCCCUCCCUGCCGCUGCCUUGGGUGGGCUGCUGCGGCCGCUGAGGACGCCCACGUGGAGUCUCUUGCUCAGCCCAGCACCAGCUCAGCACCAGCUCAGCACCUCCUCUGUGCCCCUGCACCAGGCACACAAGCCCUCUACCGCCCAAGGCUCUCACCUGGCAGUUCCAGCAUCAGCCCGUGGGCCCCUCCCAGGUGGUCCCACGACCCCCCAGGAAGCCCCCAGCAUCACAGCAGAGAGGGGACUCCUGGUUGGGCAAGAUGGUGGGGGCGAGGCUGGCAUGGUGGUUCAGCUGCAUCUCUCUCGCCAGGAUCUCGCCACCUUGGAUGUUACCAAGUUGAUGGCACUUUCACACCAAGUUAUCAGCAGACAAGCCACAAUUAACAUAGGUACAAUUGGGAAAUCCACAAAUGUAAAAGCUAUUUCUGGAGUUCAUACUGUCAGGUUCAAAAGCAAAAUGAAAGAAAUAUUUAGUCAUCUUAGAUAUGCUAAUGCUAAGAAUUAUAAACUUGAUGCCCCAAGUAAUCCUCGGCAGGAGUGUUACAGAUCCUGUGGAAGUAACCCCCAUGGGUCUCCUACAGACGGUCCAGGGACCAGAGGGGGCUUCAAGUCAGCCAGGCACGUCUCCUGUGUUGACUGCUGCGACGUGGCACUGUGCGGCACUCAGGGACGCAGCUUUUCUGUGGGCGGCUGGUAUGAAUCUUGCCCUCAACCUCAGACUCCCCAACACCUGGCUGCUAUAGAAAUCAUGAAACUGAAGCAUAUUUCAACUUUAAAAAAUAAAACUGAUUUGGUAAAAGAGUCAGCUAAAGAGCAGUGUGAACAGAUCCUUGCAUGUGUACGAGGUACAGUAGCAGAAGGAGCUCCCCUUAUUCCAAUUUCUGCUCAGCUGAAAUACAAUACUGAAGUUGUCUCUGAGCACAUGAAAAUUCUGGUACUCCCAAGCGACUUUCCUUCAGAACCCCGACUCAUGGUUAUUAGGUCCUAUGUCAAUCAACCUGGCUGGGAAGUAGAGGACUUUAAGGGAGGUGUAGCUGGUGGUAGAAUUCUGAAAGGGAUACUAAAGGUGGGCCAGGAGAUAGAAGUCAGACCUGGUAUUGUUUCCAAAGAUAGUGAAGGAAAACUCACGUGUAAACCAAUCUUUUCCAAAAUUGUAUCACUUUUUGUGGAAAAUAAUGACCUUCAGUAUACUGUUCUAGGGGGUCUUACUGGAGUUGAAAGGAAAAUUGAUCCCACUUUGUGCUGGGCUAACAGAAGAGUGGGGCAGGUACUUGGUGCAAAAGUAAAGUUGGAGCUUACUGAGGUCUUCAUAGAAUUGGAAAUUUUCUGUUUCCUGCUGAAACAGCUUCUAGGUAUAUACCCUGAAGGGGACGAGAAAGCAGCAAAGAUGCACUCUAAGAAUGAAGUGCUCCUGGUGAACACAGGAUCCCUGUCAAUGGGAGGGACAGUUAGUGCCAUCUAGGCCGAUCUGGGAAAAAUCGUUUUGACUAGUCCUGUGUGCACAGAAGUAGGAGAAAAAACUUCCCUUAGCUGAAGAGUUGAGAAACACUGGUGUUUAAUUGGUUGGGGUCAGACAAGAACGGGAGUGACAAUCAAGCCAACAGUGGCUGAUAACUGA